UGUUCCUGAAUUCCACGGCAAUCUCAAGCUCUAGCUCGAUCCAGACUACCGGAAUUCACUUGACCCUGAACAGUCCGAUCUUGAGUCUCCAGGAUGAGGCCGCCAAGCGACGAACAUAUCACUACAGUGCUGAGGUUCCAUGUAUAUUACACGAUCACUACACAAGGCUCACACCAAAGAAUGUUCCACUUUCUUCUCCCAGAAAGGUGUGCCGUGUGGCCCGACGAACUCCGCACAGAAGAGACGGUAUCCUCGGCACAAGCAUAGCCUUUAACUGAGGUUACGCCUUACGGCUCCCACAAUCCUCCAAUCCCAGCACAACGAUCCACGGGGUAAAUGGGCCAGUUCUACCUCUUUUGGGUCUCACAGCGCCGUGUGGCCCAUGCUUAUGUACUUGGAUUGGUUGUUACUACAACUUGGUCUAAUUCCUAUACCCCCUAUGGCACCCAUAAUAAUUCCGUGGAAUCUGAGAUCGGCGCCUGACUAUUAUUAUGCGCGAUUCCUCCACAAGAUGAGGCCAAGUCAUUCCACCUAAAGGAGGACUAAUACUUCAUUCGAUUCUAGAUCUGAGCACAAAGCACAAGUCACAGGAGAAAUGGGUGCAUUCAACAGAGGCUAUGCCCAGUCACUGCAGGGCUUUCCCUUGCAAGCUGCCAUCACACUUUGCUCGGCAUGGGCAUUUACAUUGUUCGGCUAUGACCAAGGUGUCUUGGGAGGAUUGAUUGCUCUUCCGAGUUUCCUCAAAGCCAACCGCAUCAACCCGGACAAUGCAAACAUUCAGGGCACAAUCGUCGCCAUCUACGAUAUUGGAUGCCUUACAGGAUGUAUCAUUGCUGGAUUUCUUGGACAAAAGAUGGGUCGUCGCUUGUUCAUCGUCAUCGGAGGGGCUCUUCUCGUUGUCGGAGCAGGACUUCAGGCCGGUGCACGUGGUGCCAGUUACUUGAUCACAGGUCGUGUCAUCGGAGGUAUCGGCAUGGGUCUGACAACCACAAUGGUACCUAUCUGGGUUGCCGAAACUUCCAAGGCUCAUUCACGUGGUGCCUUGAUCGCCACUCAACUCACGAUCGUCAUUCUAGGAUUGACAAUUGCUUAUUGGUUUGACUACGGCAUGCUGCAGCACCAUCCCAACACUGAAGCUGUGUGGCGCCUCCCACUUGCCUUCCAGGUUGUAUUCAUUUUGCUUACUUGGGCCACCAUUUUCUUUCUGCCCGAGUCACCGCGAUACCUCUAUGCGAAUGGAGCUGUGGAAGACGCAGAUAACAUCAUGGCUCGUAUCUACGCCGUGCCAGUGGACAGCGCCGAAGUCACCAAGCACCGUACUGACGUUUUUGCUGCCCUUGAGGCCGAGAAAGAGUACAACUUCAGUCUGAAGAAUCUGUUUUAUGAUACGUCGCCUGUCAACACCACCUGGAGACUGUGGCUUGGUGUUCUCACUCAAUUGUUCCAGCAGAUGGAUGGUAACAAUAUCGUAUCAUAUUACGCAACAUACCUGUUCAUCAACUCGCUUGGAAUGUCUCAGAACCAAGCAGCCAUCACAUCCGGCGGCGUCACAUUGCUCUUCCUUGGCGGCACCGCGACGACAAUCUGGACCGUCGAGCACCUUGGCCGACGAACCGUCAUGCUGUACGGGGCGAUUUUCUGCUCCAUCUUCAUGGUACUCUUCACGAUCGGUCUCGGAGUCAACACUGACCAGUCUUUGAAAUUGGCCGUCGUGUCGAUUUUUCUCUUUGAAUUCUUCUUUGGGGCCUCUUGGUGUCCUCUAGUAUGGGUAUACGUGCCCGAAAUUGCACCCCUCCACGUCCGCCACGUGGGGACGGCUAUGGGCGUCUUCACACAGUGGUUCAUCACCUUCAUCGUGGUCAAGUUCGGACCCAUGGGCAUCCAAAACAUCGGGUACAGGUUCUACAUCCUCUUUUGCGUCUUCAACGUCCUGGCCAUCCCGUUUGUCUACUUUUGCGUUAAGGAGACAAAGGGACUCAGUCUCGAGGAGAUUGAUCUCUUGUUCGCCCGGAAGGAGUACAAGCACGUCCUGCAGGCGCGGUUGAGGGGCGACCACGAGGCCGCCGAUAAGAAUGCUGUGCAAGAGAAGGAGGUGAUGGAGGAGACUGUGGACGCAAAGUGAGCUGGCUCCUGAUUUGAAGAAAAAAAACUGGAAGGGGAUUUCUAGGGAUACCGAACUUGCACUUAUUAACUCAGACUUGUUUUCCGUGGAAAAAAAAAACCUGUACAAGCUAGAGCUGAGUGCUCACGAAACAUCAAGUUCCGAGGACCCUAGGUAUUCAACUACUGGUAUUCCAGUGGACCCGUGGUCAUUGAGCUUUUGGCGAGGCAAUGGACGUAUCUUUUUGUAGAGCAAUCAAUGUUGACUCUAUCCA